AGUCCUCUAUCUAUCUCUAUGGGCGUAGCCAUUGCUCAUGCGCACCCUUUCUGCUGUGUGUGUCACCCUCCGCGAAAAAGGUGCUUGGAAGUAUCGCGUGUGUCUUAAUGCUUGAGAUUGACAGUUUUUAUCAUGCUUUGCUGAAUUUAAACCUAUUCUGUCAUAAAUAACGAAGAAAGGGAGUUUCGAGGACAAUGCUGCGUGUCUGCUUGAAAGGGGCAAAUUCUGCAGCGCGGGUAAGGAUCAGUGUGUUCUAAAUGGAAUAUAUCUAGAUAGCUAACUAACGUCAGCCUGCUAGCUAUGCUAUCCGAGCGGUCAUUCAGUGACCCAGAGACUGGGCCUACUCCGCUGUGCGUGUUGUUGGCAGAAAUAAACAGUUUACGUCCUCAGACAUGUUUUAUAACCUCUCCUCGUAACAUCCAGUGUACGGAAAUGUGUGAAUUCAAUGCGUUAACAUAAAGUGUUAAAUGUUAAAUGCCUUCAUUGAAAGAAAGCUGCGCUGAACGUAGGCUACUGAACGUAACUUUACGCAAAUCACGUAGUUUCAUGCAAAUCACGUAAUUUCGUAGUGGAAAGAGGCGUAUAUUCUAUUGAUUGACUGCACUGCCCUCCGAAUAAAACAACGACUCGAAAGUGACAUGAGUGUGCACCAAUGCACACCGUCGGAUUGGAGGAAUGGCUCGGCGGUUGUAUGAUCAAUUUCUGUAUUAAUUGUGUGUACAUGUGCAAUGAUAACACAAACGUUGUAGUCGUCAAGUUGUUUUGCUACACACGUUCAUGUAUCCAAUGUGUAGGGGAAAUGCAGUCUUUGCUACUGACUCCUAGCACAAUCAGUUUCAUUUCAACUAGCUACGUGAAAAAGAAAGGACAAAUGCACAUAUUCAUAUCAAGGGGACAUGACCUUGGCAAACUUAAGUUCAUAGAAUGACCUAAAGAAAGUGUUUUUUGUUUGUGGAAACGUUUCCAUUGCAGAAUUGCACACAUGUAAGAACUAGACGAAUGAGCUGUUUUUGUCAGCCAUCCUAUUCCAAUGAAUUUUAAUAGAACAAGUGCUGGUGUAUUUUGUGUAGGUCCCAUAAUAGGCUUGUGGUGCUCCUGUUGAUAGCGCGUGUGUACCCUGAUCUUAUUGUCCUGUCCAUAGAAAUGCCUGUGUGGGAAUGGUGCCCCCCUUCACCCCCUGCAGCAAUGUCGUCGCUACACUUCAGGAGGCUCAGGGUAGGUGACUUGUCUCCUGCGGAGAUACUUAAGUGGCCAAAUGCUACAUUGAGCUGUUAAUGUUCAUUGAUUGAGCAGCUACUUGACUGUCCUUGACCCGUGCUUUUAAAUAAGUCAAAGAGAGGAGUAAGUUACCCUAAAGCUGCACACAAGCACUAAAACCAUUAUCAGUAAAGUACAUGUGAUAUUCCAUUUUUGUGUCAUUCUGAAUGGCCAUUGGUUUGUUGUUUGCUUUCUUGUUGUGUGUUUGAAUAUCUUACCUUUGACUUGUACUUGCAGGUCUUCUGCAGGAAAGAUUGUAGCUGCUAGUGUCCUCACCGUGGGUGGAGGAGUUGGUGGCACAAUUCUAUACGCCAAUUGGGAUCCCAAAUUCAGGGCCAAUGUUGAGAAAUCCGUACCAUACUCGGAUCAAGUGUUUGGACUGGCUCUCGGCCCAGCAGCACCUCCACCUUUUAUAAAUAAACCAGUAAGCCAAAUAACCCAUGUUCUAGAGCACAUUUCGAGAAGUCAUAUUUUGUCAUUUGUAUCAUUACAUUUUCCUUAGUCUGUUGUCAAACACUAGCAAGCUUAUCUAACGAAAGAACCACAGACAGAUCUAAAACGUUCACAUUCAAUUCAAUCUUCCCUGACAACAUUCUUCUAUUACUGUCCUGAAGGGAAAGGUUGAACCUCUAAAGAUUUCCUCCAUGUCUGAAGUGUCGAAAGACUCGAAGCAGCCAAAGGCCAAAGGGAAAGAGGUUGAGAAGAAAGCAGAGAAACCUGUGGAGCAACCAGCUGCUGAGGAGCCCCCUGCUCCAACACUUCAGGACACCCUAGAGGGUGAGUUACAGCUGUGCCCGAGAGACCUGACAUACUUCAUGCUCUCUGAGGUGUUGAAAAAAUAAUAUAUUGUGAGUCAAGUACUAAGAACGUUGGCACUCCAUUGUUUUUAAGACUAUUCAAUUAAGAGGGAUCAGGUGCUUAGAUGUGAAGAUGUCAUCCAUUAGAAAUCACAUUUUUCACAAACAAACCCAUGUCUUCUCUCCUGUGUCGAACUGAAACGAUCUGCUGCAAUUGUGUUGUGAACGUGGGCUGGUUUACUUCAUAGUUCUUACAAAUACAAAUUGACUUAAACUGUUGCUACUGUUGAAAAGUUUUCUGGCCAUUGUCGAUGCAUGAUUAACACUUUUCAGGUUAGCAAAGAGUUGUCCUCUAAAUCACUGAACAUUGCAUAAUCGCAUGAUACUUUAUGCCUUUCGAUCUAUUUAUGCAAUCUAUAAUCUUAGUUUUCCCCCCAAAUUGAUAUCUCCUUGGAGAGUAAAUCAUUAAUUUCCUCUUGAUUUUCUUUCUUAGCUAAGUGUUCAAUAUCUUGACGUGGUAAGUUUCCUAAUUAGCUGAUGGCUUUACCAAGGUGGUCAUUAGACCUCUGCAGAACUUCCAAUGUUAUUUAGCUAGGUUAACCAUUUUUUGUUUAAGAGCCUUGAAUCUGUCUGUGGUGUUGCUAAAAUUUGGAUCCAAUCAAACCAGUGAAGGACAUAAAGGAAUUGGCUGUUGAUAGGAACUGGAUAUUUCAUCUCAACUAAAUGAGUCUUCAGUGUUAACUCAAAAUGACACAACGACUAGGUUCCAGUUUAACAACGUUUACUUCACUGUAUUACCACAGUACAUACAGUUGAAGUCGGAAGUUUACAUACACCUUAGCCAAAUACAAUUAAAUUCAGUUUUUCACUAUUCCUGACAUAUAAUCCUAGUAAAGAUUCCCUGUCUUAGGUCAGUUAGGAUCACCACUUUAUUUUAAGAAUGUGAAAUGUCAGAAUAAUAGCAGAGAGAAUGAUUUAUUUCAGCUUUUAUUUCUUUCAUCACAUUCCCAGUGGGUCAGAAGUUUACAUACACUCAAUUAGUAUUUCGGGUAGCCUUCCACAAGCUUCCCACAAUAAGUUGGGUGAAUUUUGGCCCAUUCCUCCUGACAGAGCUGGUGUAACUGAGUCAGGUUUGUAGGCCUCGUUGCUCGCGCACGCUUUCUCUGUUCUGCCCACACAUUUUCUUUAGGAUUGAGGUCAGGGCUUUGUGAUGGCCACUCCAAUACCUUGACUUUGUUUUCCUUAAGCCAUUUUGCCACAACUUUGGAAGGAUGCUUGGGGUCAUUGUACAUUUGGAAGAGCCAUUUGCAACCAAGCUUUAGCUUCCUGACUGAUUUCUUGAGAUGUUGCUUCAAUAUAUCCACAUCAUUUUCCUUCCUCAUGAUGCCAUCUAUUUUGUGAAGUGCACCAGCCCCUCCUGCAGCAAAGCACCCCCAUAGCAUGAUGCUGCCACCCACCGUGCUUCACGGUUGGGAUGGUGUUCUUCGGCUUGCAAGUACCCCCAUUUUCCUCCAAACAUAACGAUGGUCAUUAUAGCCAAACAGUUCUAUUUUUGUUUCAUCAGACCAGAGGACAUUUCUCCAAAAAGUGCGAUCUUUGUCCCCAUGUGCAGUUGUAAACCAUAGUCUGGCUUUUUUAAGGCGGUAUUGGAGCAGUGGCUUCUUCCUUGCUGAGCGGCCUUUGAGGUUAUGUCGAUAUAGGACUCGUUUUACUGUGGAUAUAGAUACUUUUGUACCUGUUUCCUCCAGCAUCUUCACAAGGUCCUUUGCUGUUGUUCUGGGAUUGAUUUUCACUUUUCGCACCAAAGUACGUUCAUCUCUAGUAGACAGAACACGUCUCCUUCCUGUGCGGUAUGGCGGCUGCGUGGUCCCAUGGUGUUUAUACUUGCGUACUAUUGUUUGUACAGAUGAACGUGGUACCUUCAGGCGUUUGGAAAUUGCUCCCAAGGAUGAACCAGACUUGUGGAGGUCUACAAUUGUUUUUCUGAGGUCUUGGCUGAUUUCUUUUGAUUUUCCAAUGAUGUCAAGCAAAGAGGCACUGAGUUUGAAGGUAGGCCUUGAAAUACAUCCACAGGUACACCUCCAAUUGACUCAAAUGAUGUCAAUUAGCCUAUCAGAAGCUUCUAAAGCCAUGACAUCAUUUUCUGGAAUUUUCCAAGCUCUUUAAAGGCACAGUCAACUUAGUGUAUGUAACUUCUGACCCACUGGAAUUGUGAAACAGUUAAUUAUAAGUGAAAUAAUCUAUCUGUAAACAAUUGUUGGAAAAUGUACUUGUGUCAUGCACAAAGUAGAAGACCAGGUGACCGAUCUAGUCCAUCAGUGUAAAUCACUGAACUGGAGUGAGAGAAUGGGCGUCUGCCUGGGUUACUUUAGAGGUUUGCCUUAUCUACAGCUAGGCUAUGAGUCAGUCAGUAAUGCUGCUGUGUUCUUGACUGUGGCUUGACAGUGUGCCAUUUCCACAUGUCCUAUUGGUUACCAUAACGCGGCCUUGCCAAGAAGACCAGUCAGUCAGACCUCUGAUGUUGAGCUCCACUGUGUUGUUGCAGAAACUUCUGCUCAGGUGGCACAAAUCCUAUCAGCCAUCGGUGAGGUGCCCUCUGUGCCAGCACCAGGAACCCACGAGGCAGAUGCCAUGCCUUCCCCAGCCUCCCCCGAGGAGGUCCCGGCAGGUCAGAACCGGGUGCAUACAGCCUCCCCUGCAUGGGUGCAUGGAGCUCUCUCACUAAUAUAAGGGGGCUUAGGGUGCAUUGUCCUCUCUCUCACUAAUAUAGGGGGUCCUAGGGUGCAUGGCUCCAUGUUCUAUGCCUGCUCUUCUCUAAUACUUAUUUUUCUUUCCUGUGCAUGAUUCGUGAUUCUCCUGGUGAUUUUAUUUGCCGUCUCACCCUUUCACCUCUGUUUACUGUACACCUCUGCAUAAAUGCGCUUCAUUCUGUCCCCUCCCUGCUCAUAAACCAAUCACUACCCCUCACAAAACCCUUCAUCCUAGAUUGUACUAGCUUGUCAUGCUAUGUCUGUGUUAUUCUGCAGUUGUUUUGUAUUUAGAGGUUAUAUGUUGUGUGAAUGUGGAUGAGAGAGUUAGUGGGUAUUUUACUACAGUCGUGGUCAAAAGUUUUGAGAAUGACACAAAUACACUGCUCAAAAAAAUUAAGGGAACACUUAAACAACACAAUGUAACUCCAAGUCAAUCACACUUCUGUGAAAUCAAACUGUCCACUUAGGAAGCAACACUGAUUGACAAUAAAUGUCACAUGCUGUUGUGCAAAUGGAAUAGACAACAGGUGGAAAUUAUAGGCAAUUAGAAAGACACCCCCAAUAAAGAAGUGGUUCUUCAGGUGGUAACCACAGACCACUUCUCAGUUCCUAUGCUUCCUGGUUGAUGUUUUGGUCACUUUUGAAUGCUGGCGGUGCUUUCACUCUAGUGGUAGCAUGAGACGGAGUCUACAACCCACACAAGUGGCUCAGGUAGUGCAGCUCAUCCAGGAUGGCACAUCAAUGCGAGCUGUGGCAAAAAGGUAUGCUGUGUCUGUCAGCAUAGUGUCCAGAGCAUGGAGGCGCUACCAGGAGACAGGCCAGUACAUCAGGAGACGUGGAGGAGGCCGUAGGAGGGCAACAACCCAGCAGCAGGACCGCUACCUCCGCCUUUGUGCAAGGAGGAGCAGGAGGAGCACUGCCAGAGCCCUGCAAAAUGACCUCCAGCAGGCCAUUGAUAAUUUUUGUGUGAUUUUGUUGUCAGUGGUCUAAGGCACUGCAUCGCAGUGCUAGCUGUGCCACUAGAGAUCCUGGUUCGAAUCCAGGCUCUGUCGCAGCCGGCCGCGACCGGGAGACUCAUGGGCAGCGCACAAUUGGCCUAGCGUUGUCCAGGGUAGGGGAGGGAAUGGCCGGCAGGGAUGUAGCUCAGUUGAUAGAGCAUGGUGUUUGCAACGCCAGGGUUGUGGGUUCAAUUCCCACGGGGGACCAGUAUGAUUUAAAAAAAAUAUGUAUUCACUAACUGUAAGUCGCUCUGGAUAAGAGCGUCUGCUAAAUGACUUAAAUGUAAUGUAAAUGUAAAGAAAAAAUUAUUUUAAUAAGAUUAUUUCAUUCAUUCAGAUCUAGGAUGUGUUAUUUUAGUGUUCCCUUUAUUUUCUUGAGCAGUGUACUAAUUUUCACAAAGUAUGCUGCCUCAGUUUUGAUGAUGGCAAUUUGCAUAUACUCCAGAAUGUCAUGAAGAGUGAUCAGAUGAAUUGCAAUUAAUUGCAAAGUCUCUCUUUGCCAUGAAAAUGAACUUAAUCCCCCAAAAACAUUUCCACUGCAUUUCAGCCCUGCCACAAAAGGACCAGCUGCCAUCAUGUCAGUGAUUCUCUCGUUAACAUAGGUGAGAGUGUUGACGAGGACAAGGCUGGAGAUCACUCUGUCAUGCUGAUUGGGUUAGAAUAACAGACUGAAAGCUUUAAAAGGAGGGUGGUGCUUGAAAUCAUUGUUCUUCCUCUGUUAACCAUGGUUACCUACAAGGAAACACGUGCCGUCAUCAUUGCUUUGCACAAAAAGGGCUUCACAGGCAAGGAUAUUGCUGCUAGUAAGAUUGCACCUAAAUCAACCAUUAUCGGAUCAUCAAGAACUUCAAGGAGAGAGGUUCAAUUGUUGUGAAGAAGGUGUCAGGGCGCCCAAGAAAGUCCAGCAAGCGCCAGGACCGUCUCCUAAAGUUGAUUCAGCUGCGGGAUCGGGGCACCACCAGUGCAGAGCUUGCUCUGGAAUGGUAGCAGGCAGGUGUGAGUGCAUCUGCACGCACAGUGAGGCAAAGACUUUUGGAGGAUGGCCUGGUGUCAAGAAGGGCAGCAAAGAAGCCACUUCUCUCCAGGAAAAACAUCAGGGACAUACUGAUAUUCUGCAAAAGGUACAGGGAUUGGACUGCUGAGGACUGGGGUAAAGUCAUUUUCUCUGAUGAAUCCCCUUUCCAAUUGUUUGGGGCAUCCGGAAAACACCUUGUCCGGAGAAGAAAAGGUGAGCGCUACUAUCAGUCCUGUGUCAUGCCAACAGUAAAGCAUCCUGAGAACAUUAAUCUGUGUGGGGUUGCUUCUCAGCCAAGGGAAUGGGCUCACUCACGUUUUUGCCUAAGAACACAGCCAUGAAUAAAGAAUGGUACCAACACAUCCUCCGAGAGCAACUUCUCCCAACCAUCCAAGAACAGUUUGGUGACGACCAAUGCCUUUUCCAGCAUGAUGGAGCACCUUGCCAUAAGGCAAAAGUGAUAACUAAGUGGCUCGGGGAACAAAACAUCCAUGGCCAGGAAACUCCCCAGACCUUAAACCCAUUGAGAACUUGUGGUCGAUCCUCAAGAGGCGGGUGGACAAACAAAAACCCACAUUCUGACAAACUCCAAGCAUUGAUUAUGCGAGAAUGGGCUGCCAUCAGUCAGGAUGUGGCCCAGAAGUUAAUUGACAGCAAGCCAGGGUGGAUUGCGGUGGUCUUGAAAAAGAAGGGUCAACACUGCAAAUAUUGACUCUUUGCAUGCAAAUGUAAAAUGUAAAAAUGCAUAAACUUAAUGUAAUUGUCAAUAAAAGCCUUCCACUUAUGGAAUGCUUGUAAUUAUACUUCAGUAUACCAUAUUAACAUCUGACAAAAAUAUCUCAUAACACUGAAGCAGCGAACUUUGUGAAGAUCAAUACUUGUCAUUCUCAAAACUUUUCACCACGACUGUAUACCUGUUCAUGCCAUACUCCUAAGUGUAAUCUGUAGUAGCAGGUAAGUGCUACAUGUAUGUGUGAAUGGAAUGUAGGGCAUGUAUUUUUGUGGCCAUGAUUUUGUCCUCAGAACAAAAAUGUACUGAGUGUAUGUUCUGUCUCCCCCUAGCUCAAGGGGGGUAAAGUACGGCCCGCGGUCUGGAGACAUUUUUGAAAUGUAUUAAAUAUUAUUAUAUUUGAGUAAUGAUUUUUGGCCUAAAAUGACUAAUUCCAUGAUAUGCAAACAACAUCCAAUAGAUGGCGGUGUAGCUUGGCAGCGCGCGUCAGUAUUUGGGCCUACAGUCAGAUUCAGAAUGCGCUCAGUCAUCAUAGCCACUUCAUUGCUUGACGACUAUGUAAUCUCAAUCGUCAUUUUUCAAGCAAGCAUGCUAACUACGCUAGCAAUCUGUCCUCUCAGGAAAAGGCAAGGAAGGCCUCAACUUGCCACAAACUUAAAAGCCCAACAAAAUACGUUUACUAAACAGUGCUUUACUCAAUACUCCGUAACUAAGGCAAGCUACGUAGUGGCACAUAAAAUCGCAAAGCAUAGCAAGCCUUUUGCUGAAGGGGAGUUUGAAACAGUGUAUGGUGGAGACUUCUGGUAUACCUUGUCCUGAGAGUAAAAGCCAAUUCGAGAAAAUUAGCUUAUCACGCAGAACCAUCACCAGGUGUGUGGAAGUGAUAGGUGAGGAGCUAAUCUCAGAGUUGAAGAAAAAAGCAGAUGGCUUCGAUAUUUUUUCUAUAGCACUGGAUGAGAGUACUGACAUCAGAGACACCGCUCAACUUAAAAUUUUUGUCGGAGGAAUAAAUGAGAACUUUGAAAUAACAGAGGAACUUCUUGCGAUGGAACCAAUGAUGGGAACAACCAGGGGCUCUGACUUAUAUGACAGGGUGUCUGCCUGCUUGGAAAAAAUGAAUCUACCGUGGAGCAAACUGACAAACGUCACAACAGAUCACCAAAUCUAACCGGUAAAAACAUUGGCCUACUAAAAAGAUUACAAGACAAAGUAAAAGAAGAAAGCCUUAACUCUGAGGAAUUUGUUUCUUCACUGUAUUAUUAAUCAGGAAGCCCUGUGUAAAAGUGUGUUAAAGCUCGAAAAGGUUGUAAAACUUGUCAACUUUAUACGGGCAAGGGGGCUUAACCAUCGUCAGUUCAUUCAGCUGCUCAAUGACACAGGCAGAGCUCCAGGACUUGUUGUACCAUUCAAAUGUGCGCUGGCUAAGCCUGGGAAAAGUAUUUCACUGUGUGUGGGAACUGGGAGAGGAGAUGGGUUGUUCCUUGAUAUGGUUGGUAAAGCUGACGACAUCUCUGAGUUGAAAGACAGACUGUCUGGGCGACUUUGCUUUCGGUGUGGACAUAUUGGGGCAUCUGAACGAUCUAAAUGUGAAACUGCAGGGAAAUUGUGUUUUUGUGCAUGAACUGUAUUCCAACGUGAAAGCAUUCAAGGCCAAACUUAUGUUGUUCUCCAGACAAAUGAGCAGCCGGUCUCUCGCUCAUUUUCCGACAAUGGCCGCACUGAACGCGCCCACACCGCAGUGCCGCACUGAGACAUACAGUAGCACUUUGAUCGACCUGCAUGCUGAGUUUUCCUGCUGCUUCUCAGACUUCAAGACUGAGACUGAGCUGGAGCUUGUGAUAAAGCGCCACCAGACACACAAUUGGAGCUCAUCGACAUCCAAUAUGACAGUGCUUUGAAGGAGAAGUACAAAACGGCAACAAUAGACCAGUUCUAUGGCUCACUGAAUGAAACAAAGUUUCAAACAUUAAAAAGCACACCCAAAGGAUGCUUGUUUUAUUCGGGUUCACGUGUGUGAACAAACAUUCUCAGUCAUGAAUUACAACAAAUCCCUUAACAGGUCAAAUUUAACAAAUUACCACUUGUCAGCAGUUCUGAGAAUCUCUACAUCAAAGAUGACACCAGACUUUGAUGCCCUUGCCAAGAGAGGUGACCAGACCCAUUGUUCACAUUAAGACUUGAAUAACCGUGACUGGGGUAGGCAAGGAUUAUGCUUCUUCAUGGUGAUGGUUAUGCAGUGAGAAUUAUCCAGCAAUGCACUUGGAGACAGGGUAAUAACUCAUCAGUCAGAUUUGGGCUGAGGUGAUUGGAUAACUGUAAAUAUGGCUCACAAUGGAGAUUCUUAAUAUGCUUUCAAAAACAGACCAUUCCAAAUGAAACGGAUGCUCUUACCAUAUGUUUCACUAAAAAAAUUGUUUUACAUAUCUGCUGUUAUAUUUUGCAUGUCUCCAGUCAUAAUAUAUAUCUGUUUUAAAAUUUGCAUAUUGUGACUAAAUUUGAUUGUACUUUACAAGGGUAGAGAUGCAGGAUCUGUGUGUGUCUGUGAUGUUAUAAAUUAUAUCAAUUUUGUGAAAAAUGUGUUCAUAAAAAAUCAAGGGUAGAGAUGGUACAAGGGUAGAAUUGUUCUGCAAGCAUAUGUACACCUACAGUACACUAGUAGUUGCGUGCCAAUGUGAAAAUGAAUAAAGGCUUCACAUGUUUUGUCACGCAUAUAGUAUGUGGCCCUUCACUUGGUUUCAACAACUCAAUGUGGCCCUUGAGCCAAAAGGUUUGCACCCCCCUCCCCAGCUGCAACAAAAUGUACUGCGUAUGUUCUGUCUCCCCCUAGCUGCAACAAAGUGUGAACCUGAGCCUGCAGUGAAGGAGCGUCCUGAGGGUGAAGUGGCUGCCCGUCUUGCUGAGCAGGAUAAGGUUGAGCAUGACCUCCUGACAUGUAGGUGUCUUAUCUUUCCCUGUUACCUUUCUAUUAGUUGUGGAGCCCAUUACACCAUACCAACAUACAUUUACUCUGGCUUAAAGCAUUAUAUACAAUGAAGACAAAUGCGAUACUUGAGUCAAUGAGUACAGUGGACACAUGGUUAUUUUUCAUCAGAUUUUUAUGAUUCAUAUGCCAUUGAUGCAUGGUCAUCUUGUUACAUUAUGGAGUAGAGGUUUGACAUGGGGAUUAUAAGGGGAUCGCUUCGAUUAUUAUUGAGGAGGGAAGAUGGCAUCAUGAUUGACAAACAAGGUAACCAGGCUGUGUGUGUAUACUGUUGCAGCUCUGUCAUCCGACCUGGAGGAUGCUCUGGGCAGCACAGCCAAGGUGACCCUGCAGGCCAUUGGUGCUCAGGAGGCAGCUCUGCAGGCCAUCGCCCAGCACACGCUCCAACUGAGGGAGGCCAUGGAGGCUGAGGUGAGGAAAGGACAGGGACAUAUAUUCAAAAAAAAUAAAAAUAUGUGUUUUUCCUCAUAUAUUACACCCACAAUCUGUUGUGAAUGUCUGUUUUGUGACCCUGAAACUGAAGAAGGCCACAGAGUCUGAGGUAAGGAAGGGAAACGGGUACACAUUCUGAAAAAACCCCUCUGUAAAUAUUUGUUUUGUUAGGCAAUGGAGGCCAGGGAGGGGGCUGAGGUGAGGGGGUGGACAUAUUCUCAAGUGCGAACAUGGGAGUUCUGCUAGCAGUUUUUCAUUACAUUUAAACUAGUGCUGCACGAUAUGGCCAAAAUAUCAUAUUGCAAAUGUUUUUCUUCACAUUUUGCAAUAGUGAUAUGAGUUGCUAUGUAGCAAAACGCUUGGGUGAACUCUUGGAAUAUAGUGCUGUUGGGCAUGACAAAGAAUGAAAACCGCAGGGAGGAGUUAUUUUCAAUCCCAACAUGCCCCUCCCCGGUCCCUAUCAGGACAUCCCAACAUGCCCCUCCCCGGUCCCUAUCAGGACAUCCCAACAUGCCCCUCCCCGGUCCCUCUCAGGACUGCAUCAUGUUUGGAAAGAUAGGUUGUAUGUGCGUGCAUGCAGAGUGAAUAUUGCAGCCUCUUGCAAUAUGGAUAUUUCCAUAUAAUAUAAUAUGCCAUUGGAUAUUGCUGAUAUGGAUAAUGUCCAUAUUGUGAUUUUGAUAGUUAUUAAAUAUAUUGCCCAGCCCUAAUCCAAACCAAAGUUGUAUUGUGAAUCAUUAAUUAUGUGAAUGUUUGUUCUUUAGGCACCCCCUGAUAAGAAGUCUACCCAGUGGAGAGUUCUGGAAAAUGCACUGAGUGAACGCAGCCGUUCAGUAGACGAGGCUGGUGCAGCCGUUCUCAAGGCCAAGUAAGAUCUGCUUCAUCUUUUAUUAACAUAAUGUUGUGGUGGUCUGUGGUCACCAGUAUACACUUCAUUUUGUUUCAGCCUAUUUGAUAUUGGUUGAUAUUAAAGUUUGAAGUGCAGUAUUUACUAUUAUUUUAUGCUCACUAAAACUUGUAGCUAAAAAAACAAACAAGAUAUGUAUAUACACUACCAGUCAAAAGUUUGGAUACACCUACUCAUUCAAGGGUUUUUCUUUAUUUUUACUAUUUUCUACAUUAUAGAAUAAUAGUGAAGAAAUCAAAACUAUGAAAUAACACAUGGAAUCAUGUAGUAACCAAAAAAGUGUUAAACAAAUGAAAAUAUAUGUUAUAUUCUAGAUUCUUCAAAGUAGCCACCCUUUGCCUUAAUGACAGCUUUGCAUACUCUUGCCAUUGAGUACAGGUCCAGGAAUGGCUAAAGGAUUGCAAUAUUUACCUGGAGCUAACCCUGCAGAUAGCACUACUGGGUGAUCUGAAAAGUCAUAGUCAAAUCAAUAAUAUAAUAAUACUUUUAGCAAAAAUGUUUAUUUUCAAUUUACAAUCUGUAGAAACAAUGAGAAUAGAAAGGUUCAGAACUUUUGUAAAACAUCACAGUACAGUUGAAAAAUAUAUGGCAAAUAGAAAUCCAAUAUGGAUGGUGUUAAGAGAUAGAUGGGUGGUGUUGAAUGAAGUUGAAGGAUGGAACUAACAACAACUAAUAACAAGAUAACUAAUGUAAAGCAAACUGUGUCCAUAAUAAGUAUAUAGUUUAUAUAGGUUGAGAGCUUUUGUGAAAGAGCACAGUUAGAAAGAUAUGGCAUAUAGAAGCAAACCGGAUGGACAUCAUAAAAAUGAUCGGAGAGGUUCAGGAGUAAAAACAAACAAAAUAUAAUUAUUGUAAAAUUGGCUGUCCAUAAAAUGUAUAUAGUAUGUAUAAGCUGGAAGGAGAGGCCUAAGCAUUGUUGUUCACUAGUUUACGCCAAUUAGGGAAGGGGUGGUGGGGUUGGAAUGUUAUAAAGGGAAAUAUAUAUAUUUUUAAAGGAUGUGUAUGUGUAUGUAUGUAUGUAUGUAUGUAUGUAUGUAUAUAUUUGCGAGGGGAAAAAAACAUAUGGGGGAUUGGAAGUGAUGCAGACAAUUACAUUCAUGGAAGUUACAAUCUAUCUGCAAUAUUAAAGCUGACCUACCACUAAAAAAUAAAUUUAAAAUAAAUAAAUUUAAAAAAAGUAAUAAUAGACAAAAAGAAAAGGAUACUCGUAUGAAAGGUAAGAUACACAACCUUGCAGAGAGCCUAUCCAACUGACAAGCUCUUUGUAAAAAAAAAAAAAAAAAAAAAAAUUGGAACCGACUUAAAAAUAACUGAUAUUGGCACAAGAUGGAGGGAAUGUUGGAACAUAACUAACAAUUACAGUUAACAAAAAUGUACGCUUAAUCCAGUAUAAACUCAUGUAACGAAUUUAUUACACGUGACAAAAUUCACAAAUUCUACAGCACAACGGCAGCAAUAUUUUAAGUGUAAAACUAACAAUGACUCAGUAAUCCAUGCCUUCUGGGAAUGCUAUAAUGUCCAAAAGUUAUGGGCGGAGUUAAAGUUUACAAUGUAACUUUACUUUUAAUCCGUUUGUCUGCAUAUUUCAAGACAUGGCAUAUGAGGGUGCAGUGAGAUACGCGAUAGGUUGGAUGAUACUUUUCAAUCAUCUUGGAAAAAACGUAUACUUAUACUGGAAAUCAACCAAUCCUCUGUUGUUAACACAAUGGAAAGGUCAAAUGCUUUAUCUAAAUGUUGAAAGUGUGUGGGCGACGGAGGGAAACAAAAUGGUGCAGUUUGAGGCCAUGUGGCGGAGAAUGAUGCAGGCGCUGAAGAUGGGGGUGUGAGCAGGGUGAUGUUGUGGAUGUUUGUGUGCGUCUUUAUGUUGUCGGUUUUGUAUGUGGAUGUUUUGUAUUGUAAAAAAAAUUAAAACAACUUUUAUAAAAUCGUACAAAAAUAACUUGUAAAGGAUCAGCAACGACUCUGUGCUUGCUAUGUUUGGCUUUGGGAUUCAUUUUGUAUCUCUGGUGUUUAGGGCUGAGCUGGACAAGCUGAGAGGAGUUAUUGAUGGAGCCAAGCACUUAAAGAUUGCUGCAGCCCGGCCAUCUAUCCUGGCUGCAGAGGAGAACCUGCACAGCAUGGUGGUGGAUCUGGACAGCGUGGUGACCAGGGUAAACUGGCCCUGUUUUACACUCUGUUAACACUUUUUCUCUUACUUUAUACUCUGUAUACUUGUCUUUCUGGUUGGAUGUCUCUGUUUAACCUCUCUGAUGCGUUGUAACUGCAGGUCCAGACAGCCCAGUCUGAGGCUAAGAUUGUGUCUCAGUACAGCGAGCUGGUGAACGAGGCCAAGGCCCAGUUCCAGAAGGAGCUGAACAGCAUCACUCCAGAGAUCCAGGCCAACUGGAAGGGACUCAGUAAGUCAGCUUCACCCUACAUCUUACUCCCAUUACCCACCCACAUUUUGACAGAUCGGCUUUGCAGUAAACCUUUGAAAAACUGUGCACAGCAUCAAUUACAUGCUUGGGCUUAAGUUCAGUUAGUCUUUCUGUGAUUCCUCGCCUCCUCAACCGUAUUGGAGGAGAAGGUCCAAGCCCCCCCCCCCCCCCCCCCUUCAAUGCAUUUUGAGAAGAGGAUGCAUGGAAUCAAGGAAAGAUUAAUGGAGAAAGAGAACUGGUCUUGACUAUGGAACCAUGGAGAGUAGGAAUGGGGGGGAAAAGAGUGCAGGAUAAAUCAGCUCUUCAAUUCACGGACUGGCCCUUGGCCGUCUCCCAGCAGGGAAGCUGACUCAAGAUGACCUCAACUCCCUGAUUGCCCACGCCCACCGACGCAUCGACCAGCUGAACCGAGAGCUGGCGGAGCAGAGGGUGAGGGAGCAGAUCCACAUCGACUCUGCCCUGGAGCAGCAGAAGCUGGAGGACAAGAAGGCUCUGGAGGUGGCCGUCUCCACCGCCCUGGAACACAACCGAGAACAGAUGCGUCUGGAGCAGGAGAAGAAGGUGAGCUGAAAGGGUCUUUCUCUGUUAUUAUAACUCUACUGUCUUUAGCUCAUGAUAGGGCAGUAUUCAUCCGUUUUGAUGGAUGGACUUUCCCUUUCCUGACACAGUCGGUUGUAGCAAUCUGUUAGACACAUGAGUAGAAUGAGACCAAACUGGGUUGGUGUUUUCCACUGAUCGAUUGAUGACUGCAUCUGUGUGUCCAUCGGCAGGUAGAGGAGACUCGGGAGGUGAUGGAGGCAGAGAUGCGGACCCAGCUGCGUAGGCAGGCUGCAGCACACACAGACCACCUGCGUGACGUCCUCAAGGUGCAGGAGCAGGAGCUGCGCUCCGAGGCAGAGGAGGCAAGUAUAUCCAUAUUAAACAUCCCAUCUACUGUUACACAAUUAUACCCACAGCCUAUCAAACAUUCCAUCUGCUGUUAAAUUCAUACCCACAGCCUAUCAAACAUUCCAUCUACUGUUAAAUUCAUACCCACAGCCAAUCAAACAUCCUUCAUAUUGAAAUCCAGGAGAUAAGUUUAGCCAGUCAACCAACAAGCCAAUCCUAUAUUCAGCGUUUUGAGUGUAUUUCACUGCUACAACAUAACUACUUACUGUUAAUAUUUAGCAAUGCAAACAUUCAGAAACCCUAUAAUCCUAUUUAAUGCAAACUGAAUGAUGAACAUGAAUUGAAUCGUCUCCAGAUCCUGAACAGCUCAUUGAUGGAGAAAGAGACAGAGUACCGUCGUCUGACACAGGACCAACUGGACAGCUUCACCCUGGACAUGAAUGCAGCUUACGCCAGGCUCAAGGGCAUGGAGGAGGCCAUUGACAGUGAGACAGACACACACACGGACAGACACACACACAAUACAGAGUCCACAGGGAUAAAAAUGCUGCCUCUGUAUUCAAGGCAAGGUCACAUAUACAAUGUUAUGCAACAUUCCAAUACAGUACUGUUCACUUUGAGACUAACAUGAGCCAAAGUACCAGUUCUAACCUGGUGUGGUGGGUUCUGUAGUUCUAACCUGGUGUGGUGUGGUGUGUUCUGUAGUUCUAACCUGGUGUGGUGUGUUCUGUAGUUCUAACCUGGUGUGGUGUGUUCUGUAGUUCUAACCUGGUGUGGUGUGGUGUGUUCUGUAGUUCUAACCUGGUGUGGUGUGUUCUGUAGUUCUAACCUGGUGUGGUGUGGUGUGUUCUGUAGUUCUAACCUGGUGUGGUGUGGUGUGUUCUGUAGUUGUAACCUGGUGUGGUGUGGUGGGUUCUGUAGUUCUAACCUGGUGUGGUGUGUUCUGUAUGAGAUACUAAAGUGUAGUCAUGUGUUACCCUACAGGUCAUGUUAUAGCAGAGGAGGAGGCCCGUAAGGCCCAUCAGCUGUGGCUCUCAGUGGAGGCUCUGAACUACACUCUGAAGACUGCUGCCCUAAACGACCCCACCGAGCCCCUAGAGGGCGCCGUGCAGGCCAUCAAGGAGAGCUGUGCCGAGGAUGAGUUUGCCCAGGCCCUGGCCACUGCCCUGCCCUCCGAGUCACUCAGCCGCGGCGUCUACAGCGAGGCCUCUCUCCGCGCCCGCUUCUACGCCAUCCGCCAGCUGGCCCGCCGCGUGGCCCUGAUUGACGAGACCCGCAACAGCCUCUACCAGUACUUCUUGUCCUACCUGCAGGCCACGCUGCUCUUUGAGAAGGCACAGGAGGCCCCCCCUGCCAAGCUGUCGGCCGAAGAUCUUGACACGUUCAAGCUGCUCUCCUACGCCGCCUACAGCCUGGAGCAUGGAGACCUGGAGUUGGCCGCCAAGCUUGUCAACCAGCUGAAGGGCGAGUCGCGCAGGGUGGCUCAGGACUGGCUCAAAGAGGCCCGGCUCACACUAGAAACCAAACAGGUGGUCAGCCUCCUGUCUGCAUAUGCCAACGCAGUGGGGUUGGGCACCACCAUGGCUCCAUAGAUCAGACCAGGUCCAUGGCAUGGAAGUGUCCCCAUCUGAAUCAACAGCAAGCUCUGCCCUCUCCAUGAGGACUUAAUUUAUGAAUAGUAUCAGAGGAAAUCUGUUUGAAGCACUGCUAUACCACUGAUGGGCGUAUCCCAGAAAUGUAUUAAAACAUGCCCUCUCUUUAAAACCUUCAAGCAUCUACAAGAAAAUAUGACUUACUGAGUAGUACCAAUGCAUUUUUAAUGUACCUACGGUAUUCAGCCAGUGGUCUCAGCAGGUAUAAUGGAUAAGACCCCUGUUGUCUGUAUGAGACCCCUCACUGGGUGUGCUGUUUACAUCAGUGGUUCCCAACUCCAGUUCCCCGAACAGCACACAUGUUUGGUUGUAACCCCAGACAAACUCAUCUGGUUCAACUGAGGGCUUGAUGAUCAGUCGACAAGUCGAAUCGGGUGAGUUUGUCCGGGGCUACAAUAAAAAUGUACUGUUGGUGGGUAUUCGAGGACUGCACUUGGG